AUGGCCGAGCACAUACCCCUGGCCAAUAUCUCUGAGGAGGCUUCCUUGUCGCGAGCCACCAGCUUCAAGUGGUCCAAGAAGGCCGACCACCACGACGCCGACUUUGACGACGAUGCCCCUCCAACCUCACCCAAGAUCCAAGCAAAGCGUCGCAAUUCGAGGCGCAUGUCCACAGCCUCUCGAGUCUCCAUCGAUUUCUUCGACCCGCAGGGAGUGGAGGGUUUGAGACGCUCCAUGACACGCGAGAAGCAGACCCAACCCUCAACCGUCCCCUUCCCAGCGCCUGCAUCCUCUGAUGCUAGCUCAGACGACUCGUUCGACAUGGAUUCCAAAGACUUUGACCUAGAGAAGUGGAUUAGACAGAUGAUACAAAGGCGAUCAAAUAGCGAGGCCAAGCCUCGACAACUCGGUGUUGUCUUUCGCGACCUCCAGGUGCUAGGCAUAGGUGCCUCUGCAUCUUACCAGCCGACACUUGGAUCAGUGCUCAACCCGUUGGAUGCCAUUCGCUCCUUCCAGACCGCUCGCCAUCCUCCCAUCAAGGAGAUUUUGACCGGCUUUGAGGGUGUGGUUAGGCCCGGGGAAAUGCUUCUCGUCCUCGGCAGCCCGGGCGCAGGUUGCAGUACCUUCCUCAAAACGCUCGCCAACCACCGCGCCGAAUACCAUGCCGUCAACGGCGAAGUUCAUUACGACUCUAUCUCGCCUGAAGAGCUGCACAAAUACUUCCGCGGCGACGUGCAGUACUGCCCUGAAGACGACAUCCACUUCCCGACCCUCACCGUCGAUCAAACUAUCAAGUUCGCUGCGCGCACGAGAACGCCCAGGCACCGUGAGGAGUUUACCCGUGCACAGUUCACGGAGAUGCUCUCCACCGUCUUGACCACCGUAUUCGGCCUCCGGCAUGUGCGUAAUACGAUGGUUGGAGAUGCCGCUAUUCGCGGCGUCAGUGGUGGACAGAAGAAGCGAGUAUCGAUCGCGGAGUCGUUGGCUACUAGGGCAUGCAUGGCUUGCUGGGACAACUCUACUCGGGGUUUGGACGCGAGCACGGCACUUGAGUUCGUCCGCGCUUUGCGUAUCGCUACGGAUGCGAUGCAACUGAGCACGGUCGUGUCUAUCUAUCAAGCUGGAGAGUCUCUCUACAAGCACUUUGACAAGGUCUGCGUCAUCUACGAGGGCCGUAUGGCCUAUUUCGGUCCUGCGCACAAGGCGAGGGAUUACUUCAUUGAGAUGGGAUACCAACCUGCCAAUCGUCAGACUACACCCGAUUUCCUCGUCUCCGUUACGGAUCCUGGAGGACGCCUCCCUGUAUCCGGUGUUGCGAAUCAACCUCGAACUGCCGAUGAAUUCGCUGCCUACUUCAAAGCAUCACAGUUGGGACGAGAGAACCAGCGAGACAUCGAGGAUUACAUUGCUGAACAUGUCGGUAAACCCGACCGCGCUCUUGGCUAUAUGCAGAGCGCUCGUGCCGAGUUUGCGAAGAGGAGUGGCAAGAAGAACCCCUAUAUGCUCACCAUACCGCAGCAAGUCGCUGCUGUGAUGAGGAGGAAGGUUCAAAUCCUGCGCGGAGACAUGUUGGCAACGUUCUUCAACACAUUCUCUUUCGUCUUCCAAGCUAUCAUCAUGGGUUCUCUUUUCUUGAGGAUGCCGGAGAGGACAUCCGCUUUCUUCUCUCGCGGAGGUGUCCUCUUCUUCUCCUUGCUUUUCUCGGCUCUGGCCACCAUGGCUGAAAUCCCCUCCUUGUAUUCCCAACGACGCAUAGUCCUUCGACACAAGAAGGCGGCUCUAUACCACCCCUUCGUGGAAGCUCUCGCUCAUACCCUGGUUGACAUCCCUAUCGCCUUCUGCAUCAUCUCUAUAUUCUCCGUCAUUCUUUACUUUAUGACUGGUCUCCAACGUAGCGCGGAGCAAUUCUUCACGUUCCUUUUAUUCCUUUUGGUUAUGGCUAUGGCCAUGAAGUCAUGGUUCCGUGCCUUGGCCGCCGCUUUCAAAUCAGAGGCCACUGCUCAGUCUGUGGCGGGUAUCGCUGUCCUGGCUCUCUGUAUCUACACCGGAUACACUAUCCCCAAACCGUCGAUGAUCGGCGCUUUGCGCUGGAUCACGUACAUUAACCCCCUUCGUUAUGGCUUCGAGUCUAUCCUGGUCAACGAGUUCCGAACGCUUGUUGCCGAGUGCGACGCGUUGAUCCCGCAAGGACCAGGCUACGAGAACAUCACCUUGGAGAACCAAGUGUGUGCCGUUGUCGGUGCCCAGCCUGGUGAAAGCGUCGUCAAUGGCGCUCGGUUCGCAGAGCUUUCGUAUGGCUUCAAGUGGUCGAAUGUCUGGAUGAACUUGGGCAUCAUCAUCGCUUUCCUCGUCGGUUUCAUGGCCCUCCUUCUCCUCUUCUCCGAAUACAAUACCAGCACCACCUUCGACUCCUCCGUCACCCUCUUCAAGCGCGGCACCAAGCGCGUCGUUCGUUCCAAAUCCGACGAAGAAGAGAAGCGCAGUUUCGAUGCCAGUUCCACCUCCGCCAUGCUUUCCAGGAAGAAGGGCGACGCACCGCUCAAGAUGAACGACACAUUUACCUGGAAGAACCUUAACUACACUGUUCCCAUCCCUGGAGAGGACGAUAGGCAGUUGUUGUCGAACGUCUCAGGAUAUGUUGCCCCUGGAAAGUUGACGGCUUUGAUGGGUGAAUCUGGUGCGGGAAAGACGACCUUACUCAACGUGCUUGCGAGGCGAGUGGAUACUGGCGUUGUCACUGGCGAGAUGUUUGUAAAUGGACAAGCGCUUCCUCGCGAUUUCCAGUCACAGACUGGUUAUUGUCAGCAGAUGGAUACCCAUGUUGGAACUGCGACCGUUCGUGAAGCUUUAUUGUUCUCCGCCAAGUUGCGCCAGCCGGCUUCUGUUCCUCUCAAGGAGAAGGAAGCUUAUGUCGAGCAAUGCAUCAAGAUGUGCGGCCUUGACGAAUAUGCGGAUGCUAUUGUUGGUUCCUUGAACGUCGAGUAUCGCAAGAGGACGACCAUCGCUGUUGAGUUGGCUGCGAAGCCCAAACUUUUGUUGUUUUUGGACGAGCCUACAUCUGGUCUUGACUCUCAGAGUGCCUGGGCUAUCGUUUCGUUCCUUCGAAGUCUGGCUGACCAGGGACAGGCGAUUCUUUGCACUUUCGCCAGCGUUGACGGUUUCAUUCCACUCAGGAUCCAUCAACCUUCGGCUGAGCUGUUCCAAGUUUUCGAUCGGAUGCUCCUGCUCAAAAAGGGUGGUCAGACGGUCUACUUUGGCGAUCUCGGUCCCAACUCUAGCACCUUGAUUCAAUACUUUGAGCGGAACGGUGCUAGGAAGUGCGACCCAUCGGAGAAUCCUGCAGAGUAUAUGCUCGAUGUGAUCGGUGCUGGUGCAACAGCGACCACUUCUUUCGAUUGGUACAGCAUCUGGAAAAUCUCGCCCGAAGCAGCCUGUGUGCAACAAGAGAUCGAGGGUAUCUAUGCAGAAGGUCGAGGCCGUCCUGCCGUCGAAGCGACCCUCCAGAGCGAAUUUGCGACCUCCUGGGGUUACCAAGUCAAGGAGCUCUUCUAUCGCAAUGUGCAGAGCUACUGGAGGGACCCGACGUACCUCAUGGCCAAACUGGUUCUGAACGCUUUCGGUGGUCUCUUCGUUGGCUUCACGUUCUUCAACGCACCGAAUACGCAGCAGGGAACCCAGAACAAGCUAUUUGCUAUCUUCAUGAUUACGAUUCUGAGUGUACCGCUUGCCAGUCAACUCCAAGUGCCCUUCAUCAACCUACGGUCUGUUUACGAAAUCCGGGAGCGACCUAGUCGGAUGUACAGCUGGACUGCGCUUAUCACUUCCCAAAUCCUCAUCGAAGUACCAUGGAACAUUUUGGGAUCCAUCAUCCUCUUUGUCACUUGGUAUUGGACUGUCGGUUUCGACUCGUCCCGAGCGGGAUACAGUUUCCUUCUCCUUGGCAUCAUCUACCCGAUUUAUUACACCACGAUUGGACAGGCUGUGGCGGCGAUGUCUCCGAACGCUGAAAUCGCGGCGAUGUUGUUCUCGCUCCUUUUCUCUUUCGUCCUUUCUUUCAAUGGUGUCAUGCAACCCUACCGAGCGCUCGGGUGGUGGAAGUGGAUGUAUCGACUUUCGCCUUUCACCUACUUGAUCGAAGGUCUCCUUGGUCAGGCCAUUGGUCGACAAGCGAUCAGAUGUUCGCCUGUCGAGUUUGUUCAGGUCAAGCCUCCCAGUGGUAUGACCUGCGGCUCUUACCUGGACCCCUUCAUUUCCAUGGCUGGUGGAUACUUGACGAACCCCGACGCCACCUCUGACUGCAACUACUGCAGCAUGAGCACGACCGACCACUUCCUUAUGUCGAGCUUCAACAUCAGCUACGACAACAGGUGGAGGAAUGUUGGUCUUAUGGUCGUGUUUACCGUUUUUAAUUUCGCGUGUGUUUACGCCCUUACAUACCUAUUCCGGAUUCACAAGGGAAGCCUUCUCCCUAGUUUCAAGCGCUCGAAGAAGAAAAACUAG